AUGGCGGAGAAGGAGGUCGACAGGUUUAGGUCUGAAUGUGGGGAGCUGGAUGACGAAGUACGGAGACUCAGAGAAGAGAUGCGACAGAUGAAGAAGGACGUGGAAGAAGGCAAGGAUAGGGAACGAAGAGUGAUGAAACGGUUAGAUGUUGUCAUGGAAGAUGCACAUCGUGGGAAGGAAACGACCGGCCGCACCACCGCGCUAUAUGAGAAAGAGAUUCGCAAGGCACGAAAAGAAGCAUUCAAAUCAUCCUCCGCCCUCGUCAAGCUCCAAGAAGAGCUCAAAGCCUCGCGAAGUUCGCUGCGGGCAUGCCAAACGAACCUCGAAACGGAACGGGGUAAGGCGUCCCGUCGCGAACAAGAGGCAUUCACCGCGCAGUACCAACUCGUUGGCGUCCAAGAGGAGCUACAAAAGAUGAGAGAGCGUAUAAAGGUUGUGGAGGAAGAGCGAGAUGCGCUCAAGACGAGCCUGCAAGGAGAGGAGAUCUCGCGAAUCGCAGCGGAAGGUCGUAUCGCGUUGCCAACCGGCGCAGACGAUGAUGAAGAGUUCGCCUCGCCCGUCAAAUCUCCACGCAAAAUG